AAAGAUCUGGCAUCACUGCUGGGAGUUUAUAGUCAGCUGUUAUUGACGUAACUUUUACCUUUUUCCUUGGAAUUCGGUAGAAACUAAAUUGUGUUUUGAAAUGGUUCGCCCAACGCUCGUUACCCUGGCCAAGCGCGUACCGCUCAUCCACUUCCGCAAGGGUGGAGUGGGUGCGCCGGGAGCACAGUCCGCACACCAGCAGGCAAGUUCCCAGCCAGCAGGAGGCAAAAAGUUGGCCGGAGGACCAGCAAUCGAGGAUUACGAGUUGCCGGCGCGGUUUGCACGCAAGCCCAUCGAUCCCGAGGAGGCGGCGUACAUCAACAAUGGGGGUAUUCCCAACUAGAGAGCCCCCCGCAGUGUGCUGCUUGUAAAAUAAACACUAAUGUGUCACACAGCUGUUUUAGACUUCACUCAAAUAUCACACAUGUUUAGCGUAAAUUAUUCAAGUUCGAAUUAAAAUGAGUAAAAUGGAAUGAAAUUAUU